AUGGGCCUGAGCGACGACAAGGAUCGCAUUGUGAUAAACGUGGGUGGGAUCAGACAUCAGACAUACCGCAGCACUCUGCGCACCCUGCCCGGCACCCGCUUGUCCUGGCUGGCCGAGCCUGAUGCCCCCAGCCACUUUGACUAUGAUGCCAAGAUCGAGGAGUUUUUCUUCGACCGCCACCCCGGCGUGUUUGCACACAUCCUCAAUUACUACAGGACAGGUAAGCUGCACUGCCCCGCCGAUGUCUGCGGGCCCCUCUACGAGGAGGAGCUGGCCUUCUGGGGCAUCGACGAGACAGACGUGGAGCCAUGCUGCUGGAUGACAUAUCGCCAGCACCGGGAGGCAGAGGAGGCCCUUGAUAGUUUCGGCGGGGGUGGGCUGUUGGACCUGGGGAGCGAGGACCCUGAGCCGGAGCAGGAGCACGCUGAGGAUGAUGUGGAUGAGAUGACAAGGAGGUUGGCGCAGGGGGACUCUCAUCACACCAGGAGUGGGAACCUAUGGAGCCGGUGGCAGAAGCACGUCUGGGCCCUUUUUGAGGACCCGUACUCCUCUAAAUAUGCAAGGUGGGUAGCUCUGGCCUCGCUGUUCUUUAUCCUGGUGUCCAUCACCACCUUCUGUCUGGAGACCCACGAGGCCUUCAACCCCAUUAUCAACCGCACCGAGCUGGAGCAGGUGGGCAACAUCACCGUGGUGCACACCUACCAGGAGACGGAGACUGCGGCCUACCUCACCUACAUCGAGGGCGUUUGUGUUGUGUGGUUCACUUUCGAGUUUCUAAUGAGAAUAACUUUCUGUCCGAAUAAGUUUGACUUCAUUCGGAACGCCCUGAACAUCAUCGACUUUGUGGCCAUCCUGCCCUUCUACCUGGAGGUGGGCCUCAGCGGGCUCUCCUCCAAGGCAGCUAAGGACGUGCUAGGUUUCCUGAGAGUAGUCCGCUUCGUGCGGAUCCUGCGUAUCUUCAAGCUGACACGGCACUUUGUGGGGCUCAGGGUGCUGGGCCACACACUGAGAGCCAGCACCAACGAGUUCCUGCUCCUCAUCAUCUUCCUCGCCCUUGGUGUUCUCAUCUUUGCGACCAUGAUCUACUACGCUGAACGGAUAGGAGCCAACCCCAACGACCCUCGAGCCAGUGACCACACACACUUCAAGAACAUCCCAAUUGGAUUCUGGUGGGCCGUGGUGACCAUGACGACCCUCGGCUACGGAGACAUGUUCCCUCAGACGACCUCCGGUAUGCUGGUGGGUGCCCUGUGUGCCCUGGCGGGCGUGCUGACCAUCGCCAUGCCCGUCCCUGUGAUUGUCAACAACUUUGGAAUGUAUUACUCGCUGGCCAUGGCAAAACAGAAAUUACCAAAGAAAAAAAACAGGCAUAUCCCACGAGCUCCCCAACCAGGUUCUCCUAACUUCUGUAAGUCAAGCAUCAGCUCCCAGCCCCAGAGCCCCAUCGCCCAUGACGACGACGUUUUCGAGAUAAAGUUUCAAGACUCCAAGCUGAACGGCGAGGCGGCUAACGCAGCGCUGGCCAACGAAGACUGCCCUCACAUUGACCAGGCGAUAUCUCCGGAGGAAAACCUCAGUCCCAGUGAGCGAGAGCGGCCCUGCUUCCUGGUCACGACUGCUGAACGCCCCAACCACACAGGGGGCAGAGUGAGGAGGGGUUAUGAAAAGCCUUGGAGCCUUAACAGCAUGUCUGGCAUGAGCGGGGAUGCCUCUGGAGUGUCCUCAGUGUCUGCCCUGCCCUGCAGCCCACCCUGUCUAAUGCAGCACUCACAUUCUCCCAUCCCAUCCAUUAUGUAG